CAAAUUCGAAUGGAUAAGCCGUUAAAACCGUUAGCGGAAACAAAGGGCCGGGAGCCAGAAAAGGUGACUGGUAUUUAAGCAAAGUCUAAACUAUGAAGAAAGGGUCUAAACAGAAAUCAUCCAGAAAAAAACAGCAGACCGUUGCAACUACUACUUGUAAGAAAUUGUUCUUUAAAUCUUCCAAACAGAAGAAAAACAAUAGUCAAGGAGAUUUUGUGAAGCUGUUUCCACUAGAAGUCAGCUUAAAGAUUUUUAGCAAACUUGACAUUCAGAGUUUGUGCAAUGCUGCAAUAACCUGCAAGAGCUGGAACCAAACCAUUGAGCAUUUUGAUGAUUUAUGGAAACCCCACUGUUUAAAUAUAAGAACUGUCUGUCAGCGAGAAGUUGAUGGUGACAGAGGAAAAGGUUAUUCAUGGAAGGUCACGCUGCAUAGAAACUACUGGAAAAGCAAAAUAAAGUAUGAAUGGCUGAGUGGAAAAUAUAGCAAUAUUCAGUCACGCAGUGGUUUACCAGAAAAAUGUAUGUAUCCUAUGGAUGUGGAUACCUGGGGAGAAAUCUUGGAAGCUGAACUGGAAAGGGUCUUAUACAGAGGAAAUUAGAGAUGAGUUCAUAUCUGGGUGCGUAUUCUGUAGCUUUUGUUUGUGGCAGUUUUAUACAUGUCUAUUUAAUUUUGCACUUUCAAAACAGCAAAUAUUUUAAUUUUUUUAUUAUAUAAUUUGAAAUACUAUAUGCAAAAAUGGUUCUUUGAGUCUCAUAAAAAGCACUUUACAAAUAAUGUCAAAUAUUUUUAUAACCUGGUGGCUUUGUCUACUAGUGGGCCUUCCAAAUGAUUAGAAUUGCUAUUCCUUUCAAUGUAAGCUUGCAAGUCCAUUGACAGAAAUGAUAGAAAUUGUAAUGUAAAACUUCUGAAGUACAGUAUAUAGGUUACCUAUCCUUAAGGUACAUUGAUUUAGAAGAUCUUUACUAAACAUACCAUUUGAUUUAUCUUCAUGCUGGUCAUUGAUCAAAAUAAAGAUUGAC